UUGAGUUCCUCUUGUGAUAAGUUCCCAUUCUGAAUGCUGUAAACCAGAGCUUAGAAGUUCUGUCUUAUUAAUUGGUCAGUUUGAGAUUGAGAAACCAGAAUGUCCCACACUGUCAUUCCUGUGAACUCUUCGACAAUCGUCAUCCAGUUUCAACCAGCAACACAAACAGCACCACAAACUGCUCCUUUCCCUGUUUAUGUACAACAGGAGACAGGAGCUUCACCUCUUCAUGGACUUCAGGCAUUUCUCAAAGGCCAACCGAAAGCCCUUGGGACGGUCCAGAUAAUGAUCGGUGUGAUGACUCUGCUGUUUGGCAUUGUGUCUACAGUUUAUGCUGAACCCAUCUUUGUCUAUACUGGUGUUACUUACUGGGGAUCUCUCAUUUACAUUGUCUCAGGCUCACUCUGCAUUGCUGCAGAAAACAAAAUUAAUUCACCCUCCAGUUUGUGUUUGAUGAAUACUUCACUUGGACUGAACAUUUUCAGUAUUAUAACCGCAGGCAUUGCCAUUAUUUUAAUUUCACUGGAUUUGGCUUUAGGGGCAAUAUACACUGACUGCAGUGGUUAUAACUGUCGUGAUUUAGAGAGAAGGUAUAAGACUCUCUUCAGGGGAAUCAGAGGUGUAUUGCUGUUAUUUGCCUUGCUUGAGUUUAUCAUCUCCAUCUAUUUGUCAGCAUUUGCCCGUAAAAACAUCUGCAGUUCUCGUCCUCAGGUCCAGUUUGCUCCUCUACCACCACAGCCCUCUGAUUUCAGGCCCAUUCAUUUCCAUGAUCUUCACAGCUCGGAGAUACCUGUGGCCAACAGCUAUUCCAUUCAUGACCAACCUGCAGACGCUCCUCCACAAUACAGUGAAAUAUGAAUUAAAAAAAAGUGGAAAGUGUUGCCUUAU